GCGGGAUUUCCGCUGUUAUUCGAAAUCCGGAAGUGUUUUGAAACAUUGUAGCAGCUUGACACAGCGAGCGCGCGUUUGCGGUGCGUUCGCUUCUGUUUCUGUGUCGCGCGGAGGAUGAGAGCGCGGGAAGGAGGUGCCGAGGGCCGCGUGAGCUGAGUCACCGUGAAUCAUCUAUAUGGGCCAUUUUCUCUCAAGAAAUGGUUACGGCCUGAAGAAGAAAUCACGGAAGCUGCGCAAGAAGAAGAAAAGGAGGAACUGCUUCCUUCGGGGUCCCUGCAUGCUAUGCUUCAUCGGGAGCGUCGAGGACGACUGGCCCUUCGAAAACGCGGCGGUGUCCAAACUCGUCUCGCUGAACUCGCCCGAGGAGUGCGUCAGGUUCCUCCUCUCUCCGGGAGAACUGGCCCUUUGGGAGGCUCAGGGUCGCAGUCUGCUCUCCAAGCUGAUCGGGCCCCCGGCGCGGUUCUGUGCCGCGGACGAUUCUGAAAUGGUGUGCAAGCGUAAGUGUGCUGAGCUGCAGCGGUGUACGCCCCGCAAACAGCCUCGCUGUGCCUUCCAGGAGGCCAUGGAGAACGGAGAGGAGCGAGGAGACAGCCGCUGCCUCCUUCCUUCACUGCCUUCAUCCUCCUCCUCUUCCUCUCCUUCGGAGGAGGACGGCUCCGGCGCGGGACGGCAUACAGAUGCAGGCAGCGCCUCGACUUCUUCCUCCACCUGCUGCUGUCAGUCGUCUCGAAACGAGAGCUCGGAGGAGACGAAGAGCGCUGAAAACACAGACAUCAACCAGCUGCCCUCCUCUAUACUGCUCAAGGUGUUUUCUCACCUGUCGGUGAAGGAGAGAUGUCUGGGUGCGUCUCUGGUCUGUAAAUACUGGCGCAAUCUCUGCUUAGACUUCCAGUUCUGGAAACAGAUCGACCUCAGCGGUCUCCAGCAGGUUACAGAUGAUCUCCUGGUGAAGAUCGCGUCCCGGAGGCAGAACGUGACUGAGAUCAACAUCUCCGACUGUCGUAACGUUCAGGACCACGGCGUUUGCUCUCUGGCGUCUAACUGUCCCGGUCUGAUCAAAUACACGGCGUACCGCUGUAAGCAGCUCAGCGAUGUGUCUCUGUGCACCGUGGCCAUCCACUGCCCGCUCCUGCAGAAAGUGCACGCCGGAAACCAGGACAAACUCACUGACCACGCUCUCAGACUGUUGGGCGAACACUGCAAAGAGCUGAAGGAUGUGCAUUUCGGCCAGUGCUACAGCAUCAGUGACGAGGGUCUGGUGGCGCUGGCGCAGGGAUGCAGCAAACUACAGAGGAUCUACAUGCAGGAGAACAAACUGGUGACUGAUAAGUCGGUGCAGGCGUUUGCAGAGAACUGUCCAGAUCUGCAGUUCGUGGGCUUCAUGGGCUGCUCUGUGACGUCUCAGGGCGUCAUUCACCUCACCCGGCUGCAGCACCUGAGCAGUCUGGACCUGCGGCACAUCUCUGAGCUCAACAACGAGACGGUGAUGGAGGUGGUGAGAAAGUGCAGGAACCUGACCUCCCUCAACCUCUGCCUCAACUGGACCAUCAACGACAGGUGUGUGGAGAUCAUCGCUAAAGAGGGGCGGAGUCUGAAGGAGCUCUAUCUCGUGUCCUGCAAGAUCACCGAUCACGCUCUGAUCUCCAUCGGUCAGUACAGCAGCACCAUUGAGACGGUGGACGCCGGCUGGUGUAAGGAGAUCACUGAUCAGGGAGCCACUCAGAUCGCCAGGAGCAGCAAGUCUCUGCGGUACCUGGGUCUGAUGCGCUGUGACAAGGUGAACGAGGAGACGGUGGAGAGACUGGUGCUGCAGUAUCCACACAUUGUGUUCAGUACAGUGAUGCAGGACUGUAAGCGAACACUGGAACGAGCCUAUCAGAUGGGCUGGAGCCCCAACACAUCCACGGCUUCCUAACACACACACACACACCACCGCAGAGUCAUUAUCAUCACGAUGCCCUCUAUUCCGCCUUCCAACGUUAUGCAGCAGAAACAUCAAUAUCAUUUGAUUUGAACACAAAUAUGUUCAUGCACACUUGACAUGCAGCGCUGCAUUUAUUUGCAUUUGCAAGCUACUGAGUCACUAAACCCAUCAGGACCUUACUCUAAAAACCGGAGAAAGAAAUAAGACAUUUUGCAUUUUGAAUGAGGAGAAAAAGUUUUUUUGGACCACAGGAUUUUUGCAUCGUGACAUUUCCCUGCAGCUCUCAUUAUCGUGAAUCAUCUGGACAUGUGUCUCAUCUGAUUUGUUUGUUAUUCUCAUUAUCAUCAGAUGUGAUUUUCAUUGGAUUCUCGUUAUUGAAACACGCUCAUUUUACUACAGUGCAAGGGAAGUUUCGGUAAAUAAAAAUUAAAUACAGUA